AUGCCGGAACGGGUCAGUUGGCACCCUGGUGUCAAAGGGCCAGGAGUUGUGGCUGGCCCGGCACCACACCACACCCCUCCAGAGCUCCUGCUUCCUGUGGACUCUUUGAGAGAGCCACAGGCAGCUUGUGACUCAGGAAGGCGCAUUCUAACCUGCCUGGCCCACGAGCAUCACCGCCGCACCCCACACACGGGCCGAGGAGCCACCGACCCGGCAACCCAAGAGCAGCUAAAGCACGCCUUGCAGGCAGAGAAAACCUCUCCCGAGUCACAAAAGACCAUCAGUGGCUCAGUGAGUGAAAAGCCAGACUCUCGACACCUGUCCUGCCGCGCCUUUCGUUCAAUGCUUCCUGCUUUAGCCCGUGGUGUCUACGCGGAGCCCAAACCGCAGGUCACUCACGGGGAAAAGAUGAACUGGAAGAAACAAGCCAAAUCCCCUUGUCUGCAAGUAACGGACAUUCUGAGCAACACGAUGGAAGCAAGAGUGAAUGCCUUCCCGCUGCGGAGCCUGGCGGAGGGGAAGUGCUGGGUGGUCGUUCUGACUGAAUCACCAGCUGGUCCUUUCCAUUCACUGCCUGCAGACAUGUGCCACUAUGUCUCUGGGGUUUCCACAGUGGUCCAGUGCUCACGGCCAAGGGUGAAGUUGGGUGUCCCGGCUCGGAGCCCGUGCUGCCAGGAAUACGACUCUCAGCCACCUGGGAUCUGCUCUUGUGCAGUCACACCUGCUUCCUCCAAGUGCUGA